AUGAUAGUCUUCACGAUUUGGGCGAUUACUUUCGCUUCGCUUGUGGUUCACGCAACGGGUUCAGUUUUUUCUAUACAGAAACACCUAAAUAAAAAAAAAAAUUUUUUCCAGCCUAUAUUUUAAGCGUUUUUAAGGCUUUUACUCUGGUUAAGUUCGUCUUUCUUGAGCUCAUUGGUUUCGUAAAGAACUCACUUUUUUGGUGGACAACUCACAAAUUAUUUGAGAUCUACCUUUUUAGUCUGUUCAGAUUAAUAUUGUCAAGUCAUCGUUCAAACUCCGCCCCUUAUGCGUAGAUCAAACCAAUCAGAGAGCCGGCCAUCCACAGAGCGUUGUUGGGGCCCCGUUUGCUUAAAAGCAGACUAAAGGUCAGAGAAAUUUGAGCUUUUUCUCGGACAUUGGUAACGCGAAUCGAACUUAGGGGUGUUUUAGUGUCCACUUUAGUGGCGUCCGCACUCUUAAAGAAUCCCUAGAAUUGCUCAGAAGCGUCCGGUUUUCGUUACCCAAGUUCUUUAGGCCAUUCACGGAUGCGGUUUGGUAGAGCGCACUUGCAAGAUUCGAAAAAUUGUCGUUAAAAAUCGAAAUAUUUUUAUCUUUUUUUGAAGCAACGAGUUGCUUGAACUGCGCGGCUCUCGACCCGAGCUUCAACGCAACUCUGCAAAGCCAGCUCCUGAUGCAGUCCGAUGUGUUUUUCUACCCUGUCGUAGUACAAAAGACACCCGCCUGCAGGUUUCUACCAAUUUUCUUGCCACUUAACUUCGAUGGGAAUUCAGCAACUCUCUGAACGUCGAAGAAGGCGACAUCGGCAACCUUUAUCCGACGAUCGAAGGCGAAAUCUGCUCAAAGUUCUCUCGCUGCAUCACACUUUUCCCGAACAUCCCAAGUUUGAAACUUUUUCAAACGAUGGGUAUUGAAAAUUUUCUUCGAUUUCUAUGUGUUCAACUUAGCCAGAGAAUUUUAAAGAACGCCGCUAUAGCCUUUUUGUUCAAAGUUUUGCGCGAGAAUCGGAAGUGGCGAAAAACAAAUUAUUUUCUAAAAUUUAUGAAUGAACGCUGCCAAACAAUCGGUUCAAUUCGUUUUCCGCAUUUCACCAUAGGUUUUAUGAAGUACAUAUAAUCUUCUUUUUUUGGAUCGAAAAGAUUCACAAGAAAAAUGGUCAAUCGAAAUUCGCAUAACUACUAAAACAUGAAAUUUCUCAAGGCAAUUGAAAAUGAUGCGCUUACAUUUACGCUUAUGAAAUCUUUUUUCAGCAAAAAAUGUAUCUGUGUUCAGAGUUAGUUAAAGUAAUUUCAGAUACAACAUUCGUUGUCCGCGGCUGUUUGGAGUCCGUUCUGAGGUACAAAUUCCGCGAAGACCGACGGCUCCAGUCGCCAGGGUGAGUUAAUAAUAAUAAUUUACUCAUCCACAAAGUGAAAAGAAUAAAUAAGGUUAAGAACCGGUUUUAGGUCACCCUCACGAGUGACUUCACCGGAUAGGGAAUACAAUAGAUAUCACAGUUGAUAAAAUACACGUAUAAGCAUAUUGAGAUUUUUGAGAUCAUAGUAGCCGUCUAGGGAUGCUGAUGAAUAAUUCAUUGUCGGGGAUGUUGUCCAGAUGAGAUUUGAAAAUUUUAGGAGGAACAGAGACGUUGAAUCUAGAGCAUAUUUUGUUCCAGUUGAAAAAUUAAAUCAAUUCUAAGCUCUUGUGAAAAUCUUUUAUUAUUGAAGCUGACUUUCGAUAGAAACUCAUAUUACUCUGACUGUUUUUGACGUGCAAUGUUGCACGUUCUUCGAACAUUUGAUGCUUCAACUCUUACUGAAAAUCAAUGAUUAUGCAUGAAAUAGGGUUGAAUUUUGAGCUGACUUUACAGUAUGGAAUCAUCGCAUUUGUGAACCGCGAUACUCGAAAGAUCGGGCGCCAAAUUGCAGGUGCUACCUGCUGCGUUCAUCGCCUUCUUAUCCCAAUGUUCUGGCUCUCGAAUUUGUCGCUUGCGUCUGCGAAGGCGAUUACUGCAAUAGCGCUUCAGUUGCCGACGUCGAUUCCUCGUCCGCUUUCGGAGAUUCUGAUGUCCGGCCGCUCGGCACGUCUUCAGAUCUUCUCAACUCCUCAACCUUAUUCACGGCCACCUUUCCCAUAGCCUUACUUUUUCUAUCGGUUUUUUCAGUUUAG